UUAGCUUUUCUUAAGCACCCUUCACCUGCAGGAAUAACAUCCUACUGAUCUCACUGUAUUUUUCCAGGAAACAAAUAUCUGAGAAAUAAAGGGGGGGAAAAAACCACCCCACACACCCGCGAGUAAUGGCGACCUUUUUUCUUUUUUUUUUUAUGAAAUGGAAACAAAAAGUCCGGGAAUCCCGGUGAUAUGUAAGGGGACAAUCCCCCAGGGAGAUCUGUGACACACACACACACUCACAUUGUGUAUUUGUGUGUAAACAUGACACCUGAUAAAACAUGGCAAAGAGUGAAAGGAUAGUUAAUCUGAAACUAAACCUGCACAUGAACGACAGCCAGCAGACAGCAGACCAGCACCAUGGACGUCCUCCAGCUGCUCUUCCUGCUGUUGGUCAGCUGCGUGGCGGCAUCCGCGUACCCUCCCCAGCAACCCCCUCCAUGCCGAGUUGUCCAGAUGGAUGCGUUUUGCAGCGAUCUGAGCCUUAGAAGUGCGCCACUCAACCUUCCCGAUGUCGUCCAAAUGCUGGACCUUUCACGAAACCAGGUGCAGAAUCUCACCCGGGAAACUUUAGCACACCACACCAACCUCCGGCAUCUGAAUCUCCACUCCAAUAAGAUCCACUUCAUCGAGCCCAGGCUCUUCGAAGGCAUGAAUGAUCUGAAAAUCCUGGAUCUGUCCAAGAAUCAUUUGAAUGUUUUUGCCCACUCCAAAACAAACAUCGGACCUCUUAAAGCUGUUGAGUCACUGGAUCUGUCAAGCAACGGCCUGUACACGGGGAUGUCAGACUAUUUCUUGUCUGACUCUCCCAGGCUGGUGAACCUUUCUCUGAACAGCAAUAGCAUCACUGAAGUAGCAAAAGAUACCUUCAGUGGAUCCUUGUCCUUGAGGAAAAUCAGCCUCCACAAUAAUAUCAUCUUGAAAAUUGAAGAUGGAGCUUUUGACAUUUUAUCUCAUUUGACCGAACUUGAUUUGUCCAAGAAUUCAAUAAGGUGCAUCGACGACUUCAAUCUCGACAAAUUAAAAGUGUUUAAUCUCAGCCAAAACAGCUUGGAGUCAUUCCAAAGCGCGCAAUCAGACACUCCAUAUGAGCUUGUCACUUUUGACCUGAGUCAGAACAAAAUGCUUUUCUUUCCCCAUCUCCCGAAAAACAACUGCCUUAAAUAUCUGGACCUUUCAAAAAAUCAAAUCCAAAACAUUAAAUUCAUGGGAAAUAUAACGUUUAAUUGCCUCAGAUACCUGGACAUGAGUUACAAUCAACUCAAAAAAAUGCCUGAAGAGUAUUUUUCCAUGAUGGGAUCACUGGAGGUCCUAAAUGUGAGUAAUAACUGCAUUACCUCAUUUUCUAUUACUGAUGGAGGCCUUCUACAGAGAGUUAAGAUCAUCAAUCUGAGCUAUAAUCCACUGCAGAGUCUGACAUUUGGAGAAAACACUGUGCAGUCGCUGGAAGAACUCUUCUUACAAGGAAACGACCUCACAACCCUGGACUAUCAAAUAUUUCAGAGACUCCCCAACAUCAAAUACCUGCAUCUCCAGCAGAACAACCUGCAAGUCUGUGACUCUGAGCCAACAGACCAAAACCACAAGGAUCCUCAAAGUUGUGUGUCCUUUUUAUCUGUUCCUAAAUUGGAGGCUUUGUACCUCUCUGAAAACAACCUGAGGAGUCUGCCCGCGAACACGUUUGCCAACACCCCAUUGAAGGUCUUGGAUUUGUCCCUGAAUCCAGGCUUGGACAUGCACAAAGACUCUCUUUCUGGUCUAGAGCACUCCCUGGUUCACCUUUCCAUGAGGAAAAACAACAUUUCCAUUCUAAAAGCAGACUUGUCCUUACUGAGGAGCCUCAAAUACGUAGAUCUGUCUACCAACCAGUUGACCACUCUGCCGACGUGGAGCAAAGAGUCCUCCAUUGAGUCCUUAAAUUUGCAGAACAACCACCUGGUGACCCUGGAGUACAGCACCAUCCUUGCUUUGAAACGCUCUCUAAAGACUCUUUACAUGGGCUCCAAUCCUCUGAGCUGCUGCGGCAACCUCAGAUUCAUCACCAUGGUGCAGCAGUCCGCUGUGGUCAUUCCUGACAUUGAAACGGUGACCUGCGUUCACGAGGACUACUCUGAGCCGGUCAGCAUCAAGAAGGUGACCCAGACAAUGUGCCAUGGACCACCCGUCCAGAACUAUAUUAUUACAGUUAUAGUGUUAUUGUUACUUGUGAUGAUCGUGUUCGUGCUCUGGGUUAAAUGCUGCCACUCAAGGAGGCGGAAACAUAACAGAGGUUUUAGGGCAUAAUGAAUGAAGGUUGGACACAGAAAGCCAUGAAGGAAUUUAGGAAACAGCUGAAGGUUUCAGUCAGACACAGCUGAAAAUGUGAAUGUAACUUCUGUGGGGCAAACCAAAGUCUCCUGAAGGAACAAUGUGAGGCUUUGAGUUGUUUUUACCACUACGAAAAGCUACCAUUGAUCACUGGGACAUCUAUCAACAAGCAAGCAUUCCUCAGUAUCUUCCCAAGUGAAGAAAUCAUUUUUUUACAAGAGAUUUUAAGGACCUUAUGGUGUGCUCAGACACCAAACAAGGCAGUGUGAGAAUGCAAAGUCAAAUGAAAACUACAAAACUGAGUGUUUCAAGGGCAACUCACAUAAAAAAGUCUUUUCGAUGACUUGAUAACAAGCAAAGACUGAACAGAGCAGAUACACCUGGUGCAUUGGACGUUAAGCAGCCAUGUCUGCUUGAGGGACACAAAGUGAAAACUUGUUUUGCUUUCUGUCUAAACACAUCUGUAUGGCUAAGCCAGCUGUAGAGCCAUGACCGCACAUUAUCUUACUGAAUGUAAAAUGAAGAAUUAACACUAAAAACACUUCCACAAAAGAGUGGCAUCAACAAGCGUGCCUGAAAUGCAGCAAUAAAAGUUAUUAUAAGUGUUUGGCCUUUUGGAAAAUACACUUUGAUUUCAGUGUGAAACUUAGCCUUUGUUUAGUCACUCAUUGGUUUGUGGCAUUUGCCUUGUGGAUGUUAGCUCUGACAAACAGGAAAGCUAAAUUUGGCUAUCAAAAAACAAGCUUGCCAGAAAAAAUGUGCUUUAGUAAAAAUAAACACAGCCUACACCCACACUUUUAAACCUGUAUUUUUUAAAACUGGGAUUUUAAUUUUUGGAAAAAUAUCUUCUUUCAUAUCAAAAUGUAAAAAAUGAUCCAUGUUGGGGAAAUCAAGCCAAAGAGUGCCAAAGAAAUUAAUAAAACACAGAAAUGAGGUUGCAUUUUUGCGCUUCCAGCAUUUUUUUGUAAUGUUUUUUUUAAGGUUAGAUUUCUAAAAAGAGAACUUAAAAAACGUUUUUUUUAAAAAAAAAGAUUUAGCCAUUCCAAUCUAAGCAAAUAUCGGCGAAAUUACUCAUUAUCCCACCGAACACGGCAUCUCAGUGUAGCGAAACUUAAUUUUGUUCAUGAAUUAAUGUUAACCUUUUACUUUUGGAGACUACGUUUGCUCUUAAAAAUUAAAAUUAAAAUGUGGCACUCACCUUCAUUAACAAAACAUGUACUUCCGAUGACCAGAGCUAAUUUCUGCUAUAAUUUUUGCCUGAAGAGAAGACCACUGGGUGUUAGUUUAGUGAACCAAGGCGAUGCUACCAAAAAGCAUCACCCCUAUGGAUGGAUUAUCCCAGAGGAAUAAAAUAAACACCUAACAUAUUUUUUUAAUCUAAUUUUUUUGUGCGUGCAUUAAACCAACAGCGUGUUUGUUGUUGAGCUUCAAAGGUAAGCUAGCUUGUUUCCGGCUCAUUCCACGCCUUAACUUCAUACUGAAGUUGACCUUCUCAUUUAAAUCACAACAAGAAAGCAAAGUUGUGUGUUUUCCAAAAGCGUCACUCACACUCAUUUAAGGGUAGAAUGAAGGUUUGUUGAAGAUGGAUCAGUGACUGAGACGGUGAAAGAUGAAACGGGGCGAGGGAGCAUCGAAUCUCAGACAGAUGUCUUCACUCAGACAUGUUGGAAUUUUCCUCUAAGCUAAAAAUAAAGACAGGAACACUACUAAAGGUCAUGAAACAAGAUGCUCUUUAUUCAUGAAGUAGGAUUAGAUGAAGGUUGUUUUUUUUGGUUGUUUUUUUUAAGAAAUUCAAGCCGUCACUUUAACCUUUAUUUAUAGUUUGCACUUUAAACUUCCUCUUGUAUGUGUGACUGUAUCUGAUUUUAGAACACUAUAAGACCUUAAUAAUGCUAAGUACAUAGAGCAGAACAUAUGAUGACAUAAGUUAUUUUUCUUCUGUUUGUUUUUAUAUAUAUAUAUAAAAAAAAAACUAUAAAAACAAAGCUUUUCCAUACUGAUACCAGGCCCAUGGUCCUUCACCUGUUAAUUUGACUGAUAUGAAUAAUGUGUUGGCAUGAGUGUUUGUGUUGUUUUUCCCACAUUAAUAUUAUAUAAAAUGGUAAAUCUAGCGCUGUGCUGUUGUGGGCUACACUGGGAUUCACAGUUUCAUGUGAUUUUUACUGUGUUCAAUCCUUAAAAAGCAAAUUAUUAUUGAUGUUAUUAGCAAAAACCAAAGUUAAAUAUUUUUUCUCAUCAUGCCAUGUAUUUUUGUAAAGUGUAAGUUUGUUUUCUUUUUUUAGUAAAUGAAGGACAAUUUCUUAAUGUGUGUGUGUUAUUUGUUAUUUUAACAUCAACUCAAAUAUUGUUAUUAAAGAUUACACUCUGUGU